UCGUGGGGGGGGGGGCAGCGUCAAUCAGGGCGGGGCGUCAAUCAGGGCGGGGCGCGCAUGCGCAGUGAGCGCGGCGGCACGCGAGGAGACGGAACGCAGCCAUGACGGCGACUCUGCGGCCCUACCUGAAUGCGGUGCGCGCCACACUACAGGCCACACUCUGCCUGGAGAACUUCUCCUCGCAGGUCGUGGAGCGGCACAACAAGCCCGAGGUGGAAGUGAGGAGCGGCAAGGAGCUGCUGCUGCAGCCCGUGAUGAUCAGCCGCAACGAGAAAGAGAAGGUCCUCAUCGAGGGCUCCAUCAACUCCGUGCGCAUCAGCAUCUCCGUGAAGCAGGCCGAUGAGAUCGAGAAGAUUUUGUGCCACAAGUUCAUGCGCUUCAUGAUGAUGCGGGCGGAGAACUUCUUCAUUCUGCGGCGCAAACCUGUGGAGGGCUACGACAUCAGCUUCCUCAUCACCAACUUCCACACGGAGCAGAUGUACAAGCACAAGCUGGUGGACUUCCUCAUCAACUUCAUGGAGGAGAUCGACAAAGAGAUCAGCGAGAUGAAGCUGUCCGUCAAUGCCCGCGCUCGCAUAGUGGCCGAGGAGUUCCUAAAAAACUUCUAGGCUGAGACGGCGGGAGCCCUGCAAGACGUGCCCAGCCGAGGACAACCGCCCCCCCCCCCCCCCCCAGCUUGCGUCCACACGGCGCAACCCGGCCCCGGUCCCUCUAGCGGCGUGCUGCCACCUCCACGGAUUUGUUUUUGUACAAAGAAAUUGUUGGCAGUGGGCUCGCUUGUAAACGACGUGUGAUUCGGAUGAUGUCAGUGACGAUGCAUAUUCAUUCAUGAGCCGUUAACCAGCCACGCUUUUGAGAACCAUUUCCAUCCCCGGCUUAUUUUUGUAUGUGCCUCCUCUUCCUCCUCGCCUGGCAGGGCCGAGCGCAUGCUGAUGUGCACCCGGGGGAGGGGGCGGUGGUCACGCCGCUAGGGUUUUUAUUGACAGCUCAGUGGGGGCGGUCUAACGAGCCUGAUGGAAAGACGGCGUCAAUAAAAGCAAUAACACCCUCUCGGCGCACAGCCCUCCUUGAACCCUAAUCGUGAUGCCCCCGCCUCCCCCCCCCCCACAGAUUCUAUUCUCAGAAUGUAUUCUCAGAUUGUAUUCUCGCCGUUCGUUCACUGGGGCAGCGGCGCGACCUCCCAGCGGUGGAGAGCGUGUUCGCUGCCCUUAAGAUGCCCCGGCGUAAAGCACAGAGGGGAGCGGCGGUGUGUGGGGGGGGACACGGGCGGGCGGUGGGGGUCUGGGCCCAAGUGAGUGCCGUAAGUUUUGUCACUGGAGCAUCCGAAUAAAAACGACCGCAGCUCGCCGAA